CGAAUGCCUAUUGGUCACACUAUUCGCGCUGCACGUGUAAAAUUUGUUUUUACUGACCGCUGCUGAAAUUUUAAAAACCGCUACUCAUUUCAAAUUUUCCCAAACUCUGGAUAGAAUAGUUUGGUCACGAUGAAGUGGACGACUGCGAAUUUAAAGCACGCAAACUACACGGCCAACCACGAACUGUAUGUGGGAACGCACACGGGCUCCUUUAAACACCUGGUGCCCUCUUCGGAAAAAUCCCCACAUGGACAAAGCAACCUGAGCGACCUGGUUGGUCUGGACAAGGAUUCGCGCGUCACAUCGCUGGCCUUUGGCGACGAGGCUCAGACGGAAAUCCUGCUCGGACGCGCCAAGAACGCCGUGGAGUUGCACUCCUUUGCAGAGGGAAAGAGCACCAGAAAGUCGAUAUCCUUUACCGCCGCACCAAUCGUAGGACUGGCCCGGUACAAUGACAAGCUUAUUGCCGGCAUUGGCAAUGGACAGAUACAGAGCCUGGAGCUGGAGGUGGACGAGGAGUCCGAGCCUGUGGUUAUUACCACGGGCAACCAAAUCGACCACCUGCGUCAGUGUGCGCAGGCCAGGAACAUUGUGGCCACCGGCGGAAAGGAGCGGCAGAACAAUCUAAAGGUCUACGAUCUAAGCUCUGACGGCAAGCAGAUCUUCAGUUCCAAGAACCUUCCGAACGACUAUCUGCAGUUGGAGGUGCCAGUCUGGGACAGCGACAUAGGUUUCGUGGAUGGGCCCAGUGUACUGGCUACCUGCUCACGAACCGGCUACGUACGCCUCUACGACACCCGCAAGCAGCGCCGUCCGGUUGCGUCCUUUGCCAGCGAGGAGCACGGCAUGAGUUUUACAACUUUGGUGGCGCGGGGCAAUUUCAUCUACACGGGCACCACAAUGGGCGCUCUGAAAGCCUUUGACACACGACGCAUGAAGACCCAUGUGCAUACCUACAAGGGAUUCACCGGCGGGAUCAGUGAUCUGCAUCUGGAUAUCACCGGUCGAUACCUAAGCUCGGCUAGCCUUGACCGAUACGUGCGCAUCCAUGACUCUGAAUCCACGGUGCUGCUUUACCAAUGUUAUGUUAAGUCGAAGGCCACCAAGAUCCUUAUCCGUCAACGGGAAAACGAACCGCAGGAUAGUGAACAUCCUGAAGAGGACACAGAGCUAGAAGUGGAUAAUAACGUGAAGCAAAACAAGACCGUCAAAGCAACACCGGUAGACAAUGAAUACGAGGACUUGUUCGAUCAGAUGCCUACAGUGGGCGACAGCGAUGGGUCUGAAGGAGAAGAGGAGACGGCUACCAAGCAAUCAAAGGCCAAGCUGAAACGAAAGUCUAUCAACCAGUCCCUGAAAACAAAAAAGAAAAAGUUGUAAAUAGUUUAAGCGCCAUUUAUUUACUUGUUAAUAAGUAGCUUAAAGUAUAACGGUAAAAUAUUAAAGUAUAGUAAUAGAA